UUUUUUAAUUUUCUUUAUGCAAUGUGACUAUGUGAGCGAGUAGUAACAGGGGUAGCACUAACUUGUGGGCAUGUGGCUACCAGAGUUGCAGCCUUGUAGGAUAGUCUCUCAACAGUCUCAAGAUAUCAUGGCAAAAGUUCCCUCCAUCGUUUCCACCGCCGUAAACUUCCAAUCCGGCAAAAGCUCUGCCGUUUUCCGGAGAGAUUGUCAUUUUUGCCCAAAAGUAUACAUAAUUCGAUGUAAUAAUGCCAAGAACCAAAGAGACAUCUCAUCCACUGGUACUGAAAAUAUGGUACUGAAGGUGGCUUGGUAUGGUUCUGAGCUUCUGGGCAUUGUUGCUUCCCUUCUUCGAUCUUCUCCGACAAGUAGCGAAAGUAAAGCUCCAGAAGGAAAAACAGAGCUCGCCUCUGAUGGGUCCGGAGUGGUUGACCGAUCCCUGGUCGUUGAUGCCAUCAAAGAGGACUUCCUGAGAUCCUACUUCGUCACAGGUUCUGCUCUCAGCUCCAAAUAUAGAUAUAGAGGGAACCUGACCAUGGGUGUAUAUGAAGAGGAGUGUGAAUUUGCAGAUCCAGCUGGGUCCUUUAAGGGACUGCGCAGGUUCAAGAGGAACUGCACCAAUUUCGGGUACCUUGUCCGCAAGUCAAACAUGAAACUUGUCAAGUGGGAGGAUUUUGGGGAAAAGGCUAUUGGACAUUGGCGUUUCAGUUGUGUUUUGGCGUUCCCAUGGAAACCCAUACUUUCAGCUACUGGUUAUACCGAGUAUUACUUCAACAAGGAAUCUGGAAAAGUAUGCAGGCAUGUAGAGCACUGGAAUGUGUCGAAGACGGCGUUGUUUAAGCAGAUUCUAAGCCUCAAAUCCUAAUCCUCCGAAUUAAAGUGUUAGGAAUUAUACAGUAUAGGAAGGAAUUGUAUGUAUAUACUCCAUGUAAAUAAAUGCUCGUUUCUUUAAGAAGGAAUUGUGUGUAUAUAUUGUUUAGAAUAGCCCUGGAUUAGCCAAUACCAGUCUAAUGGCAUCAUGUUGCCCUCCUAAAGCGAAGCUCACAGAUUCUAAUUUCAUUCCGAUUAAGAAAAUUGAUACUCCGCCCCAUUUAAAGGUUCCCGUCUACUAUUCUCGG